AUGAUAUGCCGGCUCGCGGGGUUGAACCAGGCCUUUAGAGCGGCCUCGUCGGCCGAUUUCGUUUGGGAUUCAAAGCUGCCAUCGAACUAUGAAGAUGUAAUCGGGGCAGUAUUUGGGGAAAAGGACAUUUUCCCCAAAGGUUUCUGUAAGAAGGAUAUCUACGCCCUACUUUGCAGGGCAAACACUUUGGAUGGGGGCACAAAGAAAGUGUGGUUGGAUAAGAGAACAGGCAAGACAUGUAUGUUGAUAUCGUAUAAUGGAUUGGCAAUAACGGGCAUCGAUGACAGAAGGUACUGGACGCGCGUGACGACUGAAGAAUCAAGGUUUCGCUCGAUGGCUUACCUCCAGCAAAUAUGGUGGCUCGAGGUGUAUGGUGAGGUGGAAUUCCCAUUUCCUGUGGGCAGCUACAGCCUCUUUUUCAGGCUCAAAUUAGGACGGGAGAUCAUGAGGUUUGGCCGGAGGCUCUGUCCCGGAAAGUGGAUACUUUACCAUGUGGGAGAUUUUGUUGUGGAAAAUUCUCACAAGUCGACGAGAGUGAAGUUCUGGAUGACUCAAAUCGACUGCACUCACACGAAGGGUGGAUUGUGCGUGGACUCUGUUGUCGUAUGUCCGGUUGGUCGGAAGAGAGUUGGCCGGUUUUAG